AACCACAUUAAAGCACCUGUCAUACUGAAAUCGAUGAACAAAGCACUGGUAUUAUAGCCUAUCGGCCGCGAAGUGAUAGGCAGACAGAAUGUCCCGAGCCAGAUAUUUCGUGAAUAGGUUAAAAGACUUUAAGGAAGGCUCUGAAGUUGUGUUAACUACGUCAAAAUGGAAAGAAAUGUCAGAAUCGCAUGCAAAGACAAUCUCAGAAAAGAUGGCACCAAACUUGGAUAACUGUGAUGGUGGCCUCUAUGUAGGAAAUGCCGGAGUGGCAUAUAUGUUUUGGUAUCUAGCAUCAUGUGCAGCAUUUGAUGGCAAGAGGAAACAUCUGUUAGAACAGGCGUUUGAAUAUUUUGGAGUGUCUUUGAAGUAUGCCAUUGGAAAAAGCAACAGAGAUUCUGGCACCUCGUUUAUUCUGGGCACAAGUGGCGUCUAUGCCGUUGGCAGCCUCAUUGCAAAGUCAAUGGGCAAUGAAAAACUCUGUGGCGAAUAUGCGACAAAAUAUGCAUCUUAUGCAAAGGAAGUGCAGAAGCUUAAUUUCCUAUCCUGUGGCUCAGAUGAACUGUUUGUGGGAAGAGCUGGCUAUCUAUGUGGAGUGUUGAAUCUUCAUAAAAAGUUGGGGCAAAAGGUGUUGAGUGACGCUGAUGUUAACGCCAUCUGUAGUGCAGUGGUGGAGUCUGGGAGGCAGUACGCCCGCAGACACCGGUCCGGCUCCCCCCUCAUGUACGCCUACUACAACACCGAGUAUCUAGGUGCUGCCCACGGCCUGUCCUCCAUCCUGCAGAUGCUGCUGAGCUUCCCCAAGUUUGUUCUCUCCAACCCAGAUGCCGAGCGAGACAUUCGACAGGCCGUGGACUUCAUGUUGAGUCUUGAGCAGCCCAACUUCAACUUCCCUCCUGCCAUGGACGAAGUUCAGAGGAGAUCUCGUUCGGACUCUGACGAGCUUGUGCAUUGGUGUCAUGGAGCACCAGGUAUAAUCUACCUAUUUGUGCGAGCGUUCAAGGUGUGGGGUGAUGAGAAGUACCUGCAGGCGUGUGUCAGGUGUGGGGAGGUCACAUGGCAGCGAGGGCUGCUGCGGAAAGGUCCGGGAAUCUGUCACGGCGUGGCCGGAAGUGGCUACGUCUUCUUGCUGCUGUACCGCCUCACAGGCCACAAGAAGUACCUUCACCGAGCCCAGCAGUUUGCCGAGUUCCUGCACACCCCAGAGUUCCAGUCUGGGGCCAGGGUUCCGGACAGCCCCUACAGUUUGUACGAAGGAUGGGCUGGCACGGUCUGCUUCCUGGCCGACUUGACCCAGCCCGAGUCAGCAGAGUUUCCCCUCUUUGAUGUGUUUUAGAAACAAACAGCUGAUUCCAACCUUAUCCAGUGCUUUCAAGUUAAACAUGCCAUGUUACCCAUUAUCAGCAAUUUUGUCUCCGUUGAUCUUGUUGACUUGUCAGUGAGAGCAUGGCUUAUGUAAUGGCAGCUUAAGCUUGAGGAAACCCAUGUUCUAUGAGUUUAAUAUCAAGUGAGAUGAUAAUACUGUUCUUGUUACAGCUUUGCAGAUUGUAUUAGAUGUUGUGUUGUUAGUGCUUGUAGAACCGUAGAAAUUCAUCCCAACCAUAUUGCAUCUGUUUUCUCUCAUUAUUGCCUUAUGAGUAUUGUCAAUGAAGUACAGUGGAAUCUCUCCAAAUCCGACAAAUUUGGAUUUUGGUGAAAACCAGACUUUUUCUGGUCGUCUCAGUUCCUUAACAAAUUAUGAUUACUCAAACUGACCUACAACUCUCUGAUUCAGACUUUUUACACUUUGGACUUAAUUACGUUAUAUUGACCGCCUCCGUGGUCUAGUGGUAGAGCGUCCGCCCAGAGAGAGGAAGGUCCGGGGUUUGAUCCCCGGCCGCGUCAUACCAAAAGACGUUAAAAGACGGUACUUGUUGUUACCCUGUCUGACGCUCAGCAUAAAGGGGCUAAAACAAGGACUGGUCGGCUCGGAGUCAGUAUACUUUGUCUGAGUGGGGUAUUCAUGUUAAACUGCGGCAUGGUAUCUCAGUGAGUUAGCACUAUAAAUCGGCAUCAGUCCGGACUAGUACAAGCAGCCACACAAACACACACGUACAUGCACGUCGCUAUAUAAGUGCAAUAAUCUUGGACGUGACGUUAAACCCAAUUUCACCUCAACUAAUUACGUUAUUAUAUAACUAUAUUACAUCCCAACAACCAAUUUACUGUUGAAAAGAAGCUGUCUAACUCGGACCGGACCAGACUAGUCCGGAUGUUCUCUCUCAUUGAAGGAAGCUCUGUCAUUGUCAGCUAAAACAACAAUGCUAGGCCUGCACGUAAUCCUAUUGAUCUUAACUUGUUGUCAGCUAAGUUAAUUAUAUUUUACUCAGCUGUUAAUCAGAUGAUACUGAGCUUAAUUAGAGAUGACUCAGCUUGAGUGUCAUGAGUAUCCCAUGAAAUAAUGGUAAACACAGCUUGUCAUUAUCAAUCAUAAUGGCUGAGCGACCACCAUAUCAACUAGGCGUAUUGAAAUUACACUUGCUGACAAAGUUGCUUUAUUUGAGGAAUUUAAGUCAUUGUCAAAAGCAAAGCAGAAAAAUUUAGCCAUGAGGUGUGGCAUCUGUAAGCAGACCGUUCUUAAACGUAGUGAAGAAUACCAACAGCAGCAGCAAAAAAACAUGACUGAUUAACUUUUUGUACUCUGUGUAAUCUGCACCUCGACGCAAACCAGACUUUUUUACUGGUCCUAACCAAUUCCAAAUUGGAGAGAUUCCGCUGUAUAUAAGUUACAGUAGAUUUCUAUCUUGGAACCUGGAGGUAAUAACCCUUCACGUUCACGAUGUCGGGUGAGUCAAGAUACAGAUGCAGACUUAGCUCAUCUCACAUGGUAAUAUCAUUUUGUGUAAUUAUUAAUUAUCAUCGUUUUUGCUUGACCACAGUUUACCGAAAGUUCAAAGACAAAAUAUUAGGUUGUGUUGAGCAAUAGUUGAAUAACUCAUUAGCUAUUUAUGCACCAUCAAGAAUUGUUGUUCGUACAAUAUAUCAGUGAGCUGAGAAAUGUUCAAUUAUUAAGAAAAGCAAGUCAUUAGUUAUUUAAUAUUCUAAUUUUUCUUAAAGUGUGAAUUAAAUCUUAGGUUAGUACAUUAGUGCAAGUCUACCAGAACGCAGGAUGGACAUAUGGACUGAAUUCAGAAUAUCUAAAUUGACAGAUUUUGUUUUAUUUCAAUUCCCAUAGAGCACUGAAUUUAAACUGUAAAUAGAAAAACAAAUCGUUUCUUAAAAUAUUGUAGCUAGGGCAUGUGAAAAAAUAAUGCAGUAUAUCUUCUAAGGGAUAACCACAAGAGCAAUUAAAAAUGACUUAAUGAGCUCAGGGACGUCACAGUUUAAAAUAUCUUAAACCAGGUACUCAUCUUACGGAAAUUGUUUGUGUCACUUUAACUUUUUUCUUUGUUUAUUACUAUAUUCAAACUAUCUACAGUGCCAGGUACAUUUAUACAAAUAGAACAAACAGCUCUACAAUAAUUCGUUUCUUAACAAUAUCUUAAGUUUUAGGAAACUUUGUAAUUUGCCGCUUCCAGUAUGCCAAAAUGGGAGGUUACUGUACAGCAGGCUGAUGUUAUUUAAAUCAAUAUAAAUGUAGCACUGUAGUUUUGGACAGGUCAUGAAGAGGCCUUGCUUCAUUUCAUCAGUCACAUAACAUUCCAGAAUGUGAAUAUUGAGAACCCAUUUCUCAGUAUCAUUGGUUCUACAUCAUCACAAGGAGAAAGAAGAUCAUUUCUGCAGUUUCAAGGACAUAGUUAGAUGUGGUGACAUUGUUCACUAACCUUACUUUGUAAACAUUGCUUCACGGAAUGUCUUAAAGGAUCUGAUGACAACUUAUUAUAGCUUUGCAGUCUCUUGCUUUCUUGUUGUGUAAGUCCCAGGUGGAUGGGCUUUCUUAAUGUAUGUUCAUAAUUAAAAAAACUCCAGAUGUAA